AUGAGCCGCAUCACAUAUUUAUUCCCGGUGCUACUGUUUCUUGUAGACUAUUUAAAACUUCGUUAUGAGCAUCGCAUUGUUGGGAAUCUGAUCGGUGUUCCCGUCUCUCAUCCACGGAAUGUGAACCAGCAAGGAAUGCCCGUUGCACUAUCGAAAUGUGAACUAAAACUUCUUCUAGAUAGUCAAUUAAUACAGUUCGUGGAUACGAAUGGUGCAUUGCAACGGGUACCAUCUGAUGAGGAAGUACAAACUUUCGUCCGUAUGGUUGAGCGACAGAAGGAAGAAUUACACAUGCCAGUUGUCGAGAAAAAACUUGAAGCAUUUCGCAAACAUUUGCCAAAGAUUAUUGAAGGAAAGCGUAAAAAGCUGUUAAAAACCGGAGUGAAAGAUGAAGACAUCCAUCUCAAUGCUGAGCAACUGGUUGACGAAGAAAGGGCACGAAUAAUGCUAGAAAAAAUCGAUACAAUGGUACAAAUACCAUUGCAACAUCCACACUCAUUCGGCUUUUCAGAGUGUUCACUGGAGUUGAGUACCGAAGAGACCGUGAAAUAUCGUGUUUUUAAAUCGCUCUGGCACCGAGGAGGUUUCAUUACCACCGGCGAUGCGUUUGGAUGUGAUUUUCUCCUAUAUCCUGGUGAUCCAAUGUAUUUCCACGCCUCACAUAUGGUACACGUAAUGCAGGACGGAAGGUGCCAUGAGCUAGAUGCUAAGUAUUUGAUUCGUGUAUGCCGACUUUCGGUGGUAGUUAAUAAGCUGUGCGUUCUCGCCUAUAUUGAUGAAUGUACCAACGAGGUCCAAUUUGAAACUCUAGAAUGGGAGGGUAAUGCUAGUAAUAAAGGUGACGCUUUUUGAUUUAAA